UCUAUCCGCCUAGUAUUUGAAUUGUCGUUGAAGGCAAAUUCCAUUUAGUACUCAGUACGACGGUGGUACUGGGCCCUUAGGUUGCCAGUUGCGGCUAGGGACUCGAAUUUGUUCAAUUUUGCUAGGACACCCCACACACAGAGCCCUCUGACAUGGAGAGCUCACGGCACGUGGGCGCCAUCACCGAGCUCGAUUUGAGUGCUUGUCACCCAAAUACCCUUGUUGGCAGGAUCAAUGCGGUGCCUGGUCUGAAAACGAGUGCCGCGUUCUUGACAUUCCUUCGCGCGAACCUCGUCCUUACCCAUUCGCCAAUGUCUUCCAAUCUCUCGACGCCCUCUCUCGGGCCGCAACCGCCACAGGAUACUCAAGGAAUAUCCGAUAGCGACAUCCCCCCACUCUCCCUCGAGAUCCUAACCGCCCGCGCCGACAAGGCCGCCGCGUUGAAGCUCAUAGCCGACAGCAUUGCCCAGCAGCGCCAACAAGCCGCCUACUACCUCGUCUUCCACCCUCUGCCAUUCGCCGGCCUUCUCGCCGUGCUAACAGCUAUCUACCGGUAUGCUUGGGCACGAAACAACCAACAUGACCUCGGCACAGCACUGCUGCUGGCGAGCGGCGCCAUUAUGACCUACCUCCUUGUCAUUCGCUACCUGACAUCGGGCUAUCUGCAAGCGGCCGAGGGGCUCUCCUGGGAUUUUCUUACUCCCGGCGGACCGAGUGGGCAGGGCGGACAAGAGGAUCUUAUCAUCGGCACACGCUUCGGGUCCGAGAUCAUUGGCGCGCUCGUGCUCCGCUUGGAACAGCUGUCUUCGUCGAACAGCAACCACGGCCGACGUAAGUCGCAUAGCCGGCAGAACAGCCUCAAGGGCGGCAGGGGCCUCAUCCGCGCGUGGACGACAAAACUGCGGUAUCGCCGGAGAGGCGUGGGAGGGGAUAUGCUGCGGGAAGCGGUGCGCGUGACACGCGAGCGGUGCGGGAAGGAUGCUGAGGUCGGUUUUGCGAAGGAGCAUGCUAACAGCGUGAUGGUGCUACCGGAGAGGUUCAACGGAGUAUUCAGGAAGAGGGAGAUGCAGGCCGCUAAGACCCUGGAGGUCGUGCUAUCUACGUGCGACGGGAGAACGAGGUGAAUAGGCGCCAAGGCUCGGGCGCUUUUUUUGAAGGUGAAUAUUAUACCCCUGUCGACUAUCUAGGCCCCUCUAUAAGGACUUGGCUGCCUAAGUUGGCUUCUAUUAAGGCUUGUCUUCAAGUUGCGAUGCAAAUUUCUGCUCACACCACCUUGCUUCCUCAACAUGGUCCUUCAAAGUGACCGAGAAUGUGCU